ACUCACCCCUGCUUGGGCGUUUUCCUCACAAUUGGAUUUCUAGUUACUCUCUCUCUCUUCAUCAUCAUCAUGGAAGAAGUGACCAUGAACGAUUGCACCUGUCCCUUCGAGCCCUGGGGCCGCUACUCGGCUUCGGGUGGCGUGUUUUCUCGUGGUGUCAAUGGUACCGAUAUCGCCAUGUAUUCCUUUGGAGGCGAUACUGGAAGUCAUGCGGACGGUCUGGGCGGUGUGGUCCUCACCCACUGGAAAUAUCCACUCAACAACAACAACAACGGCUGCAACUGCUGGGAACGCCUCGCCGACAGUCCCGUGGAAGUAGGCUAUCGAGGCACAGCAACUCAAAUAGGAGAUUUUGUGUAUAUUAUUGGAGGUUCCGAUCGACGUCGUCAAGCCAUUGAUCAGAUUUGGCAGUACUCGCUCUCGCUGGACACGUGGACGCUGGUGGACAGUCAACUUCCGACACCGCGAUGGAGGCAUGCCGCAGUGGCCAUUGACGAAACGCGCAUCUUAAUUACGGGAGGACGACAAGGGCGGCUGGUCUUGUCGGAUGUUUGGAUUUUUGACACGGCCAAUCUCACGUGGACGCAGCUCGAAGAUGUUAUGCUUCCUCCCAUGUAUCGUCAUGAAAUGAGUUUUGACAAGGAUCGUAAUUUUGUCUGGAUUUAUGGAGGUCUUGAUCAGACAUUGGCGCGUUAUCCCAGUACGCUCUGGCAAUUGCGCCUCAAUUCCCAAUCCGUCGUGGAAAUUGUCGCCGACACUACCGUGAAUCCGUUACCACCGCGUUUGGCGUCGCACAUGAUGGAGUACAUUUCCCAUUUGGAUGUCGUCAUUCUCUGGGGUGGAGGCUGCAGUGAUGACGCGGAACUACACGUCUAUGAUAUCCAAGAAAACACCUGGUGCGGCAUUUAUCCUGCUAAUCGACCGGAUCGCCGAGACGCCAUGCUGUGGUCGUUGCACUACCCGUACAUUUACAUGGCGCAAGGAGAUAUCAUUUGCUACAAUCGACAAGUUUUGCCCAUUUCCGAUGUCCACGUGCUCGAUCUUACCACCCACAAUGCGUGGGAAAUGCUCUACGAACCCUUCAAUUCCAGAGGCACCGGACGGGAACCCUACUGCAAUGGCAGUAAUAAUGGAAAUUGUCAGCCGAAUCCUCUCUUUGGUGAUACAGAGAAUCGAGGCAGCACCUGUUCUGACGAACUGUUGGCACGGUUUGCUGAUCCGAGUUUGCUGGCAGAGUACGAGGAGGAGGAUUUGUUGCUCUCCAAAGCAGAGGAGUACCCGUCUCCAAAGUCACUGGUGAAUGCCGAAGAACCAAUGAUGAUCACCUCCGGAAGUUCCUUUAGGCACGGCCCGGGCAUGCUGCCUGUCGUCUUGUCCAUUUUGUUGUUGGUUUUGACAAGGCGUCGUGGAUAAACAAACAAACAGCUGUUGGUGAGUAUCCUUUCUGUUUCGCUACUGUAUCCAGCGUAGUAAUUAAGAAAACAAGAACAAGCCUAUAAAAGAGCAGUGAAACCUGGCUCCUGUGAAGAUUAGUAUAAUGCAACACAAGUCUAGUAGUAUUUUAGAUUUCAGUUACUAUUCUACCAGGUACUAUCACGAGCAGGAUUGGCGG